CCAGACGACAUUGGAUCGUUAUACACCGCGACAUUGUCGCUCGCUGCCAUCCUGUGUGCACACUCUCUCCACCAAUAUUUCAACCCUAUAAUGACCCAUAACUCACCAUUAGCUAGCCAUUACUAAGCAUGUCGAGCCUUAAAAAGGCCCUUAAGGCCGCCAAGAGUGCCAUUGAACAUAACGACCCGCUUUCCGCACUUGAAUCUGUGGAAGAGGCGUUGGAAUACGACCCAGACUGCUACUUUGCUCUAAUUUUUCAAGCCAAGUCAUACCAACUUCUCGAUGAUAUUCCCAAAGCUAUAGAGUCAUUUCAGCAUGCUACGACAGUAGAACCCAGUACCUUAUUGGGAUGGAAGGGAUAUUUGCAGGCGGUGAAAAGUUCCAAAGAUUAUGAAUUGUUCUUUUCCGUAGCCACUAAGUUAAUCAAACUUCAAGUCGACGAAGGAGUCGCUAUAGCAGAUACUCUUAAGGAUAUUCGGAAGUAUCUUGAUAUUAAUGAGUAUAAGAAGGAUCCUGUAUUGCAUGUGACGUAUUUGCGGUCAAUUAUUCCCGGUACAGAAUUGGGAGAUCUUAUAGGAAAUAACCUUGGAAGACCAGAAGAUAAUGUUAAAAGUUUACUUGAUUUAGAGAAAAGUCGAGUUGAAAAGGAUAUUAAGAAUAGGAUACUGAAGGAACGGGUUAAGUUCGGAAGGAUAUUGACGGUCGAUCAGAAAUCCAUAUUAAAUUCUAUUGAAUAUACUUACUAUGAGGCUGCUAAAUUGGAUUCACUCUAUGAAUUAUUACUUAAUAUCAGUAAUGAUGAUACAACACGUCGAGAGUAUGAAGAACAAUACUUGAAAUAUAAAUAUGAUGUGCUUAAGGUCAUACCCGAUAAGGAUAAGUCAGUACUUCUUGCUGAUAUUAAACAAAUGGUGGAAGGAAUGGUGUUAAUCAAAAGUUCUAGUCAACUCUGUUGGGACUUAUACUUUAACUUGAGUGAUGUGGCAAGUUUGAGUGAUCUUGAUUUUAACAAUGUCAUCUACUAUCUCAAUCACUUCUCCAAUAAGGGUUUAGGUGGUAUCUUGUUUGCAUUAACUAUGAGUGAUAUCUCACCCUUUGAUAAGGAGAAAGUAAUUGAAGGUUUACUGGCCAAAUUUGAAAGAGAAACCACCAAGCAUGAAAAGACUGACGUCGAUAGUGAAGAAGAAGAGACUUUGCUCAGCAUUGAAGAUGAUGAAUUUGAGACGGAUAAGUCUCAAUACAACUUGUUACCGGAUCAGGUUCUUUCAUUAAUGCUCGAAGGAUUUGAACAUGCCUCUCAUUGGAUACUUGCCAAUCGAAUCAUCAUUGAGUAUUAUAUCCAUUUACGAGAAUAUGCAGAAUGUUCUGAACGAUGCCGAGAAGCUAUAAAGUUAUUGGCCGACUUGCAGAGAUCGCAUGGAAUCGAUUUGAAGAACUCUCGUGAAGAUAUCUUAUGCUCAUUAGCAGUAGUCUAUACUUAUUAUGAGGCACCUAAGAAUUUUCCUCGAGCUUUACAAUUAUAUGAUAAGGUACUUGAAGGUAAUAAGGUCAAUGUUAAGGCUCGGAUCGGGAAGGGAUUGAUUCUUGUAGAACAAAGAAGUUAUGAAGCAGCUCAUGAACUUCUCCAAGACGUAGUUAAGGAAUACCCUGCUAAUACCGAUGCCAAUGUCGAACUCUAUUGGUGUCUCAUUAAGCUUGGUCAGUUUACUGAAGGAAGAAAUGGAUUACUUAAAGUAAUUCAAACCAUUCCAGGAACAGAUAUCCAUAGCAGAGACGUUAGAGCCCUUAUCCACUGGAGAAUUGCUCAGAGUUUACUCUCGGAGGAUGAUAAAGAUCCUGCUAAAGUUGAUGAGGCAUAUGGUCAUUUGGUAGAGUCCUUGAAGGAAUCUCAGAAUUACGCUCCAGCCUAUACUUUACUUGGAACUGUACUUCAAGAAUACUAUGGCGAUAGAUCUAGAGCUCAAAAAUGUUUCUAUAAAGCUGUAGAAUUGGAUGUGGUAGAAGUCAGUGCUGCUAAGUAUUUGGUAGAGGAUUUGGCCACUAAAAAUGAAUGGUCAGUGGCUGAGAUUCUCUGUAAACGGCUUGUGGAUUCAGACACGGCUCGGAGACUUCUCUUGAGCAACAACUAUGAAGAUCCUGACCGGUCCUGGCCGUUCCGAAUGCUUGGAUGUUCGGCCUUGAACAAGCAGGAUGAUGCCAAGGCAGUGGAAUGGUUCCAGUCGGCUCUUCGGUUCAAUUCAGCCGAUACUGAGUCCUGGUCCGGAUUAGGUGAAGCAUACUUUAAUUGUGGCCGGUUUGAUGCGGCAGUCAAGGUGUUCAAGCAUGCCGUUGAAAUUGAUCCUACUAGCUGGGUAUCUCAGCACUUGUUGGGCUUAACCCAUUGUAAGAUGGGAGAGUUUGAAGAAGGGUUUGCCAUUUUGGGCAAUGUGCUUGAGGCUCGGCCCGAUGAAGAGUUUGUAUUGAAUGCCUUGUAUGAGGCGUACGUUGAGUAUUCACAGAAGUUGGUGGCAGGUGGUUUCUUUGGCCGGUCACUGGAUGCUUGUCUUCAUGCCAUAGAGCUUCUUUCUCGAGCCUUUACCAUCAAUAAACAGUCCCAGAGCUUAUGGAAAUCCUUGGCUGAAUGCACUAAGAUCUAUAAGCUAGUGGGUCAGAAUGUGUCCCAGUUCCCCAUGGAUAUAGUUCAGAAGAUGUUGGUCCAAGUAGACUUUGAUAGUUUCAGAGCCAUUGAUGGAGUUGGAGAUGAUCUCAUUAAUUUACUGGACGUAGAGAUACUCUAUAAGGAUCAGCAGUAUGAGGAGGCACUUGCCAAAUUAGUGGUUCUCUAUGCUAAGGCUGCUGUAGUGUACUUACCUUCUAAAUCCAGUAGGUACUUGUCAUCUAUAGUCUACUAUAAUUUGGGCUUAUCGUACUUGGAAGUAUUCCAUGUCAAUAAUAUUGAGCAUACGCGUGAUAUUGCCAUUAGCUACUUGAAGAAAGCUAUUCAAUUAGAAGGUGAUAAUGCCUUAUUCUGGAUCGCUUUGGGUAAUUCGUAUGUCACGAGUCAUCCACAAAUAGCUCAACAUUGUUUUAUUAAGGCCACAGUAUUGGAUAGUAGAAAUGUCAGUAUCUGGACGAAUCUUGCAGCUCUCUAUUUGUACUGGGGCGAUACUGAAUUAGCUCAGGAAACUUUCUUACGGUCACAGUCAGUAGCUCCACUGGAGUCACAAUCGUGGUUAGGUCAUGCACUUACUGCUCAAGCUUCUGGUGAUGAAACGACUUCUAGUCGUUUAUUCACUCACGCAUUCAUUCUCUCUAAUGGACGCUCACCACUUGCACAGUUCCUCUAUGGAUUAUCAGUGCUCAGUCUGGCAUCUGGUAGUGAUAUUCGUGAUCCCAGUGCAUGUCAAGAAUUGAGUGUGGCCAACCAAGCCAUGAUCAAGUACUUGAAAUACUGUCCUGAUGAAGUGAGAGCACUCCAGAUUGCUGUCAAUAUUGCUGAAAGAUGUAGGAACUUUACCAGUGCUCUUGAGAUGAGUAAUCGCCUCUGUGACUUACUUGCGAAUAAGUAUGAUUCACUGGAAAGUGAAGAUGUGCUUAUGCAAUUUGCUCGGGCUAAGUCACAAGAGGGUCGGUUAUACAUGGGCCUUCAACAGUAUAAUGAAGCUAUUAAUAGUGCUCAAUUUGCCCUUGAGCUAGUGGGUAAUGAAUCACCAGAUAUUAGUGAUUUGGUUGUAUCUUGUCGUAUUACUAUUGGACUCAGUAAAUUCUUCCAGCAUGAGUUUGGAGCCGCAUUAGAUCAAUUGAGAUUAAUCUUACAGGAACAUCAUGAGUCUCAACAAUUAGUGACACUUGUGGCCCAGAUCCUAUAUGCUAAUGGUACAGAUGAGUCUAAGCAGGCAGCUAUAGAUCAAUUGUUUGCAUUCAUAGAGUCAAAUGGAUCUUCAUUACUUGUAGUUCUUACAUUAGGAGCCAUUUCUGUGGUAGAUGAUUUAGAGGAGUACUUGGCACCUAUUAAGGAGGAACUAGAGUCACUUUCACUUGCUGAGUAUCAUUGGACGAUUCCUACUUUACUUGAAGAGAUCAAUAAACGACUUGAUACUCAUGAUACGGUGUGGCAGAGAAGUGCAUUACUCUUUCCAGGAGAGUUUGAGGUGUGGAGACAUAUCAAUACAGACAUGUCACUUGCGAUUGCUUCAUUUGGUGGAGUUAGUACCACGCAGUUGUCACUCGCAUAUUUGGAUAGUGGGAAGUUGAGAGAAGUGCAGAGGAGUAUGUUACUAUGUCCUGGUACAGUAAGUAGUUAGUAGUAGUGAGUUCAAUAUAGUUAUAGUUACAGUUGCAGUCACAGAAGUAGUAGAGUCCAGCGUCUAGAACAGUAGUAUUUAGUAGAGAGUAGUUAAAGCUUAAGUUACACGCAGUUAGGAGUGCACUUAGUUACAGUUAGUCAUUGUGAGUCAUUUGUAGUCACUUCAAGUUACAGUUACGCAGUU